AAAAAAAUUUAUGGUUCCCGAAGUGAUUGUUGGAAGUUUGUUUGAUAAAAUUUUAGAUUUUACAGCAAAUAUUGUGUUUUCGUUAAUAUUUUGGAUGAUAGAAUUGAAUAGGGUUGAAAUUAUUAUAUUUUUGUUAGUAUUUUAGUUUAUGCGUAACGUACUUACUUUGCAAUUGCUGUAAACCUGCCUCAUGGAGUCUCAGAAAGACCGUGUUUCCGACGGGGGUGAACCCGAACCCGAGGAUAUUCCAAGUGAUUUUUUUGAUGAUUUUGGCAAAGAAGAUUUCAUGGAAGGUCUUAGUGUAAUAGAUAGUUGGGAUGACGACGACAAUUCGAGACGUAGAAUCAAUGCAGAAGCUGUGGAUAGUGUAAAGGACCUUCGUGAGCUGAUCGAUGGAGGUGAGGAGAGGCAACGAAGAAGCGACGAGGAUAAGUAUCGCAAGAGAAGUGAUGACAAAAGCAGAAAGCCGACUGACCCUUACAAAUGGGUGAAACCUGACCAUUCUCAGGAAAACCGGCGGUCUGAAGAAGAUAGCAAGCUGGAUGACUUUAUCAGACCUGGCAGUCGACGCGAUCCCAACAAGACCAACGAGGCAAUCAAAAAGGAUAAAGAAGUAAAAGUCAAGGAACUUUUAGCCAAGCAGCUCGAAUCUUCCAAUGAUGAACUGCGUCCCCCUGGUACCGAACUUGAUGAUUACUACAGUGAAAACAAACGCCCUGAAAAAAAGAAGUCUCCAAUGCUUGCAGAGUCGCACCCACCACCCGCAAAACGCCGAUCAAGAUCAAGAGAGCAUCGAGAUCGACCCCCACGUGACCGCGAGUCUCCCGGGAAACGACGCCGAAGCCCGCGCCGGAGCCCGCGACGUAGCCCGCCCGCUCGCUGGAGCCCGCGUCGUAAUUUCCGACAUUUCAGCCCUCAGCGGAAGUUCAGAAGAUUUAGCCCAACCUCACGGCGAAGUCCACGAAGGUUUAGUCCGGGUCGUCGAAGCCCCCGCCGCAGCCCGCGUCGUUAUCGUCGAUCAAGAUCGCCAUAUAAACGGCUCAGUCCCCGACGUUCAAACUCCCCUAGGACAAGAGAUACCUUUUUGUAUCCUAAUGUAGAUUAUCCAGUAGGUAUGCCUUACACUGAGCCAGAAUCACCCUACGUUGGUUCCGGUGAAUAUUCAGGUUAUUCAUAUCCACAAGGUCCCCAUUUUAUGGGGGGCUAUAGUGCUCCAGGUUAUGAUUACACAGCCCAGCCGCAGGUGCCCGUGAUGCCUCAGCCGCAGCCCGUGCCGCCGCCACUCAUGGGCACUCCUGUGCCGGCGCCUGCUGCAGUGAACCCACCGCCAGCCAUGGUUCCUGCACCCUCCCAGAUGGUGUCACCUGUAUCAACAAAUCAAGCUUUCCCAAAAAAUGAAACUCAAACACCGUUUGAUGCAUUGGCACAAUUAGUGGCAGAUGGGAAGCUUUCUAAAGAAGAUUACUUGAAGCUAGCUCCUAACAAGAAAGGUUGUCCCCCUUCAAUGGAUACCAAGGCUAGGGUUAUGGUGUUGGGUCGCUGCAAUCAGGCAUUGUCAAAACUGUCGAAGUUGCUUUUACCAAACCGUUUGGUAAUGCUCCACAAUAUCAUUGGUCCAGAACCGAAGUUUUUGACGCCUAAAUAUUGUUCCCCGCUGAAGAGGCAAGUCCCCGUGGAGUUCCAGUUUACGAAGACCUACGGCAAGACUUCGCAGCAGAACAAACAGCUGGUCGACAGCAUCAUUGCAACGAUCGGUUUGGACAAAGUGGUGGCAAGACCGAAGAAGAAAAUAGCUAAGGACAUGAAGGAUGCUGCCGUGCAGACUACGAAGCCGUAUUGUGACGUCUGUGAUAUUCGCGAAUCUACGAAGCGUCAUGACAUUGGCACGGCGGUCGAAGCGGAACACUUCUCGGCGUCCAUCCACACUCAAGUCGUUGAACAGGAUCUAAUCAAUUCGAAGUCAAUCUUCAAUCCGACUGGGAGCGCUGCUGAUACUGCACCUAUUUCGAUAGCUCACAUGACGCCGGCGCAACUGGUGUCGCAGCUGGCUGCUCGGGCGAAGACUCUGAAGCAGACGAAUGACCCUCCUCCGGCCAUCAACCAGUUCGGCAGGAGGAAUCCUCCAUACGAUAAUAGAGGUCCAUAUCACAACAAUUAUGACAACUAUAAUUACCGUUAUUAAAGGUAAAACAUUGCGUGCACGCAAUGUGAUUUUAUACUGGUCACAAAGUAUCAUGAAUAAAGUUAGGGCGCGUGGCAUGUUUUGUUUUAUUUUCAUAGUACUUAUUAAAAAGUUAGUUUUAUUCAACUCAUUGUAAUGUAAAAAUGAAAUAUUGUACCUACAUACUACAUACUUACAUAGUAUAUCUACAACAAUUUGUUUUGUAUGUACAGAUAGUUUUAGUAAGCUUUUUAUUAUAUGAUCAUGCAUUAUGUGUAGUGAUAGUAAAAAAAAUUUAACAUUAUGAAGCUGAAAAUUUCUACCUGAAUUUGUAGCUGUUGUAAAAAAAGCCUGCUCGAGACUUAGUGCAAUAAGCGAAGGCAGCUGUUCCCGUUAUCAGCAGAAGAUGCGACCAGAAGCUUUCAGACAGCGAUGUGCAGCGGAAAUGCAGCAAUGAAGAUAUUGAUCACGCCAGACGUCGUUAUUUAUAAGUCGUUAGUUUUAUCAACCCUUCUGUUAACAAUAACAUAAUAUGCCUAUAUCGAGCGCAAUGUUUGAUUUAGCUGCGCUUACCACUGCGCUGCACAUUGCAAGGCUGUGGUAAAAGUUCUAAUGUGUUUUGUACACUUAUAUAAUUGUGUAAAAUGUUCAAAUGAACUAAAUACUCGUUUGUGACUGCGUUGUAUGGAAACACAUGAUGCAGCAAGGUUACGCAUUCCAAUGAAGAGGUCGAAGCUUAGCAGUGAACCAAACCACCCAGCAAAUUGGUAAAUGUCGGCUCUCUGAUCAGAAAUACAUGGAGUUCCUAUUUUUUGCAUUUUAACCGCGCUUAACUUGUCCGCCUCAUGUCACGUUUCUCCCUUCUUCGAUAUAACUUCUUUGCAGAACGAAUAACAGAAUGUCUACUAUCUACAGAAUUUGGAACUUGUGCUUUCUUGAAUUGUGCUGGUUGUAAAAAAAAUACGUUGUAACUACAAUGUGUGAGAAAAACAUUAUCUUCAGUGCAUGUGGUGUGUCUUAUUUGCUAA